UGAGAGAGAGAGAGAGUGUGUGUGUGUGUGUGAGAGAGAGAGAAAGAGACUGAGAGUGUAUGUGAGAGAGUGAGUGAGAGAGAGAGCUUUAACUCUCAGUGUUACAGUGUUUCUGAGCAAGGAAUGGAAUUCCACUUGUGUUUACACGGAAACCUGCGCAGUGAACAGAGAGGACAGAGAGGACAGAGAGAGAAAUCAGACUUCAGAUCAGUGCACCCGGGUUUCUAAAACAUUAGUGUUGAGUUUGAGUGACUGUGGCCGAGGAGACUGCAGUGUGUGUUACAGGAUGAGGCUCAGAGCUCAGGUGUUGAUGUUUGGACUUGUGUGGCUCUGUGUGAACAAAUGCCACUCACUUCUCACUCAGCACUGCGACACAGGCAAGGCAAAUCUCAAGAUGGACCUCUUUCCUCCAGAUGAGUUUCUGUGCCCGAGCCCGAGACCAGUGACUCCAGCCCUGCAGCUUCUUUAUGUUUCCACCAAAUAUUCUCUACAGCCCGCUGUGCAUGUCUGCAUGGAUCUACCCAUAACUUAUAACCACACAAUCCCCAACAGCGGGCCACACAGGCCUAUAGGUGCACAGAGUGGAGAGUACCUGUACUGCCCUCCUCAGCGCUGGAUAAACAACCUGAAGGAUGGCGCCACAGUGCUCCUUUUUCACCCCUGUGCUUCCGAGGACGCUCGCAGGGGUCUGGCAGCGGUGGCUCAUUCAUGCCUACCACACUUUAUCCUCACAGCUCAUCCUCAUCUCAGUCAGCACAGACCGUUUGCAUUGGUCUCCUGGGGUCACACGCUAGAGAUGUCCCACAUCACCAGAGCAGGAGUGUGUGAGUGGUUACUCACAUUUUCCUCCAACUUUAACCAAACAGCAAGUCGAGGUCAAAAUUAUAACCUGUAUUUGACAAAAGCUGCCCCUGUGGACCGAGUGUUGGAUACUGCUGUGAAGCCGCUGAAAGCAUGCUGUUUGGAGGCACUGUCUGCAUACGCGGCUACUUUAAGAGCGAGAAGAAGCCGAUCAGUCCAGCAGCCCACAAAAAGAAAAAUGAAGAAAAGAGAAAUAGAAAAAGAAGAAGUGAAACACUCCGAAAAUCCUUCAGUUAUCAGCUCGAAGUCUGGCACGCUAAAUCCUACACACACACAGACAUUGAACAAUAGUGAGAGUAAAGAUUUAUUAUCUAUAGGUCAUGUCACAGCUUCUCUGCACACUGCCAUGCACUCAGAGGAACGUGUUGGUGAUGUUGUGGAUAAGGAGGCAAAGACAUCAUCCACGCAGAUGAAGAGCCUGAAAGAACCACAUGGGGACAGCAGGAGUAAUGUGACGGUGGUUAAACUGCAUGACUCUCAGAUUGAUGUAAAGUCUGAGAAAAAAAAUAGCAUCACCGUGGCUUCAGGAAAGCAGCGCAUUAAGACUGAUGUAGUUCAGCUGAGUGCAGGUGAAGGCUGUACAGAUCCGGGGCACUGCGGACCUCCUGAUGUGGCCACUGCAGUGAUAGGAGGACCGCUGAGAGGACACAAGAUGCCCAUCCAGCGGACCAAUGAGGCUGUGUGGGCAGCAGCAGCUCUGGGCUUCCUGCUGGUGCUGCUUACGCUUUCAGUGCUCCAUACACGACUGUACCGUAACUGCCGUGCGCCAUCCAGUCUGUACUGGCGCGAGAGCCAUCAGGACUAUGAGAGUGUAGCAGACAUCAUUCGCAGGAGGCUGAGGAUGGUGGGAAGGAGGAAGAGAAGAGCGAGCCAGAGCAGGCGGCAGGAAUGUCCUUUACUCUCCGACUCCAGCACCGAUGAUGACUGACUCUCUCGCCAUUGACUAAAACUGUGACUCCAUUUAUAACAUGCUAAUAGCAUGACCUCAAGCAGGGAUUUUCUUUCAACACCAAUGAAGUCCACAAACAUGUACUCAGAGUGGUUCUUAAUUUAAACCUUUUAGUAGUUGCGUUUUUAAAGGUACACAGUGCUUCGUUUUCAUGCCUCAAUGCAGAUUUUCUCCAACUAGAUAGAGAAUGUUGGUGGAUAGCAGUUUACUCAUCGACAGAAUUUUUGUUGGUUUUAAUUCUGAGCUUUUUUAAAACAUCAACCUUCUCCUGUUGGAAUUUAUAUUGACCCCGAGUGCAGAUGUCAUGAAGCAGGACAAACCUGAUCAGCCAUUAUAGCUAUGAGUCAGACAUAUUUGUUAUGGAAGUAAACAUGCUGUUCUUAGGCUUUUUAUUUAUUUUAUUUUUUUUAUAUCAUUUUGAGGAAAUCUAAACACUUAGACACUUAAUAUGUUGCACUAUGUACGGCGGUAGUGUAUAUUUAUAUUGCGAGAGACAUGCAAAAAAUAUUUGCAUAGUAUAACACGAGAUGAAGGAGAAAGCAAAUGUAUUACUGCUGAGAAGCAUAUCCCUUCUUUUAUAUCGCAUUUAAAGGGUUUCUAGACCUGUAAUAAUCAUCAAAGAAUUAGCGUUUGUAAUUUCAGUCUUCUGUUUACAUUGUCAAAGAAAUUGACUCUUUCUUCACCAGGAGGAGAACUGCUCAGCUCUGCUCUCCUCUUUAAAGGUCAGUAGCAUGUGUAGAGUAGAUUCAGAGCUGUAGACCAGGAGACAGGCCAGGCUUAUUGUCAGUGUUUGGUAAUAGGAGUUAUCGUGAAGGCAGUCGUUCCAAAUAAAAAUCAUUUAGCAGAAUUCUGUUUUAAAUUGCUCUGAUUUUGUACAAACUGUGAUGUUUUUGCAUUUUUCUUGUUUCCCAUGUAAUAUUAAUGCAGUAGUCAUGGAUAUGGAAAUACAUAUUCAGUUAUAAAUAUCAUUAAUCACAGUCUGUUCAAUAAUAAACUUUCUCAAACAGUUUAAAAUUGAACUAAGAAUAAUGGAUGUGCAGCAGAAACUUUUACCUUGUAAUUUUUGCCAGGAGGUUUAGACUUUGGCUGUGAAUGGAAUUUUUAAGAAAUAUGACUCAAAACAGACAUUAAAAAAAAAGAAAAAUCAGCACA